AUGCAGCAACGUCUGGAGGGUGAUGAACUUUCUCUCCAGCGACUGUACUGCAAAGCCGUCACAGGCAGGACGGACGUGGUUCGUUUCUGGGGCGUUAUGACUGAUGGAGGCUGUGACAAUGACUGGCUCCAUUAUUGGGUGGACAACCUGUUUGUUCCUAACCACUGGGAGUCGUUCUGCAGCGCUGGAGGGCGCAACGUGCAUUGCUUUGGAUUGUUGCUGGGUGAGGAAUUGGAGCAAGAUCGGCGGUCUGCGGCUGACAGGGAGUACAUGAUAAGGAAAUGUCGAUAUCCUGCUGCCAGACUCUUCAAUGAGCACUUCAACCGGCGGUCCAUCGACAACGCAUACUCCUUGCUGCAAUGCUGGUCGACCCCAGAACUGGAGCACUUCGUCAUUGCACUUUACCAUGACCUUCAGAAUGGUGGUCCACUUGGAGCUUUACUGGAGAUGGGCCUCCAAGGGCAGGAACUCCAAAGGGAAAGGGUGCGUAUGCGUGAACUCAUUCGACGGCUUGAACACCAGGCCACAGUGAAUGCGAGGGGCAUCAUCACAAGAGAGGGCAAGCCCAGGAAUAUUGGAAAAUGCAGGAAUGAGGGGAAGACCAAAAAUGGACUUGUUCUGUAUGAUAGCCUGUGCACAAACGUGCUACAGAGCAUGGAACGGCAGAUAGUGGGUGUCAUUGACCGCCUCAUGGUGUCAAGAAGGGGGAGCUUCAGUUGCCCAGUUUCUUCAGGUGCCAUAUUUAUGGGAAACCUCACAGACUGCCACCAGCUCAAGACACACGAUGAUGUUGUGGACUGCCUUCAGCAAAUGACAUACACCCCUUACUGCACCGCGCUGAACAACCUAACGGACAGGGCGUCGGUAUGCCUUGAAUCGGAGAUCGGGCACCUCCCACCGAUCGUGGCCAUUCAUUCCACCCUGGCAGGCGAGUGGAUGGAGUUCGAUGUUAGGGCAAAGUCACGGAGCAGCUUGCGGCCACUCAUUUGGUUCCACUUUUAUACUAAGCAAGAGUCGGAUGCCGCAAGGGCACAGCUGCAAAAGGGGCCAAUGGGAGAGUGCUUAUUGGGCACAAGUGGGAGUGAGGGCUCGGAGGAAGAGGAGCUAGCGGAGGACGUUGCAGAGGCCUUGUUCCAUGGGCCACAGCAGGGAAACCCUGCAGCAAGGAAGACGACGGGAAGAGACAGGCUUGAUGUGUGGUUGAAGCAGCGAGUUGCUGCCAAUGUUGUGUGCGUCAAGCUCAUAAACCAAGAGGAUCUGAUGAGCCAAUGGGGUGACGAUCAUGAGGCACCGAACAUUGAUAUCAACUGCGUAGCCUUUAACGGACAGAGGGUUGUUUUGCCUCCUGGCAUGCAGCUUGCAUGUUAA